AUGACUCUCUGGCUGGCUGGAAUGCCUCCGGGCCCUCGUGCGGGCGAGAUCCUCGUUGCGCGAUGCGUUAUACUCUCCAAACAGGUAUCAAAGGGUCCUAAACAGCAAAGGCGUUUUGCUUCAUCCUCGCAGCGUCGACCAGCCUCGAUAUUGCAAGUCCAUGGCGAGGCUGCUGCUACUCAAGGCCCCCUUCCUCCUCCUCUCUCCGUCGUUCCUAAUUGGGUUCUUCUUCGAUCUCUUCUGGUCUCCGCCAUCUCAUCUAAGCCCCUCCUUCUCCGCCCCUCCCUAUGGGCCAUGUCUAUCCUUUCCAAACCUAACCGGGGCUUCUUGCUGAAUGUGGACCGCAACCCCAUCCUCCACGGCCUUCUGAAGAAGACUUUCUACGAGCAAUUCUGUGCGGGCGAGAAUGGCGCCGAGACAAAGGCCACCAUUAGACAAUUGAAAGACAUGGGUUUUCGCGGUGUGAUUAUGACAUACGCAAAGGAGACCGUCUUCGAUCACAGCACCGGCUCCGAGCAGGGUCUCGGAGUCGCCGCCCUGGAAGCACAGCAGAAGGGCAAAACUUUGGACCCGGCGCUAGCUCGCUGCGCCAAUAUCGAGGCCUGGCGGAAAGGCACAAUUGAGACUGUCGAACAAUUGGAAGAUGGUGACUACCUGGCUGUCAAACUUACCGGGGCUGGACCUCAAGUUACAAAAGCCUUCUCAGUUGGCGACCUCCCCCCACAACAAAUGCUCGACGCCAUGGAUGAAGUCUGCACAAAAUGCGAAGAGCGCAACGUCCGUAUUCUCGUCGACGCCGAGUCCCAACAUUUUCAAUGGGGCAUCCUGCGAAUGACACUCGACCUAAUGCGUAAAUUCAACCGCAACGGCUACGCUCUCGUUUACAACACUUACCAAGCCUAUCUCAAAAGCACCUCCGACACACUAGCCAAGCACCUGGCCGCGGCCCAAAAUGAAGGAUUUACACUGGGUCUGAAACUCGUUCGCGGCGCAUAUAUUGCCUCGGAUCAACGCUCUCUUAUCCACGACACGAAAGAAGAUACCGAUAACGCAUACAAUUCCAUCACAACGGGCGCGCUGAAGCAAAAUAUCGGCGAAUUUGGCUCCGUCAAGGCCUGGCCGUCCGUUAAUUUGUUUCUCGCAAGCCAUAAUCGCGAAAGUGUCAUGGCGGCGCACCAGUUGCACAAGCAGCGCACUGCGGCGGGUCUGCCGACUGUGCCGGUGGGAUUUGCUCAGUUGCAUGGAAUGUCGGAUGAGGUUAGUUUCUCGUUGCUUCAGCUUAAGGGGUCGGAUGGGAGUCCCGAGGUUUAUAAGUGCUCUACUUGGGGUGGGAUGGGAGAGUGUCUGGCUUAUCUUUUGCGGAGGGCGAUUGAGAAUCGGGAUGCUGUUUUGCGGACGAGUGAUGAGUAUAAUGCUUUGAAGGGGGAGUUUGGAAGGAGAGUUAGGGGAAUGUUUUCUUUCUCGAAAUAA